GAAUCCACAACCCAUCAGAGUGCACAUGCUCUAGGUGCUGUGCUGCUGCAGAGAAAAACGUCCGUGCGUACUAUACCCAAUUUUCAUCGAACACUAUCGCGUUUAUUGUUCGAAAAAAACGGUGUUGUGAUGUGCUGAAACCCCCUUUUCAAAAUGAGACACUAUUUACGAAAACUCCUGGCUAUAUUGACCGGAUCGCCGUCCGAAUAUUCAAGGUUGGGUUCGACGAAGAAAACGAAAAUUUCAAGGGUUGUUAACGUGUUUACGAAGAAAAAGAGUGAGGUGUUUUGAAGAUGGCCGCAAAGUCUUGAAUUAAGAUUCGCAUUAUGGGGGAUGAUAGUUCACCGGAUCUGAGCCUGAAGCUGAGAAGGGGUUCUAGCGAUUCCAGGGACUCGUUCUACUUGGAUUUGGACAAAGGAAUUGAUUCGGAUAUCGAGGAGGUGGCAACAACAUCAGCAGCCGAUGGGGGUGAUGUUACUGCUACCCCAACAAUUACUGGGGGGUUGAGUAUUUUACAGGAAACUAGUUGGCCAACUAUUCCACCCCAGAACAUGAGUGGAGGAAGUAAGAGCACCGCUGAAGAGCCCCACAUGACUUCAAUGGCUUCUCCUUCUGGUAUUAUUGCUUCAGCAGAGUCCUUCAGCCACCCCUCAUACCCAGCACAGUUUGACAAGCAUAGCGUCAAGGUUCAGAUCCAUUCUUCAACAACGAAGGUUGAACCAUUGGCUGUUACUCCGUUGAAUCUCUACACCCCCUACAAUUUGAACAGGAGGCUGUCAAGGGUUGAAAAACAGAACGAGUGGCGGCAACUUGGAACAGACGCCCUAACAACAACACUGUCAGCCCUGUACGGAAAGUUGCUGGUGGUUAUGGGAACAGCUUUCCCGAUGGCUGAAGUAAUUUCCACUUACGUCCCCCCCUCCUUCUACGAAGCCUACUACAUAUAUCUUUACUGCGGAAGUAUGCUCUUUCUGUUUUACAUGUCCUGCGUCAUCCUCAGGGAGAAAAGGAAACGGAAGGAGGAGGAGAUGAAGGAAAAAGAAACUACGAAGGAUUGCGAGAGUACUAUUUCAGGAGAAGAAUCAGAUGAAGCCAGUGGAGAAUCUUUGAGUACUGUAUCUUAUAGACAUCGAAAAACAUCUUCGCCUAUCGAAGAUCCCAAACAGCAUCACUAUGGAAGUUUUUAUCUUCGAAUGGGGGCUGUCGCUUUCGGCAUCGGGAGCAUGAUUUAUUCUGGGUUGGAAUUUGGACAAUAUUUCGAAUUAGAAAGUAACACCAAAUGCCACAAUAUUUUCAUAGCACUCACGCCUAUAACCAGAAUGGCGUUUAUUUUUAUACAGAUGUAUUUUAUAUUCCUGAACAACGAACAGAUGGGGUUUUGCAAAAGCAAAGUGAUGGCAAAAUUCGGCCUUAUGCACAUGAUUGGUACAAAUCUAUCCGUCUGGCUCAAUGUGCUCGUUCAAGAAACCAAACACGAAAUUUUAACCUUCUACAAUCCCGAAAAUAACUCUCUGAGGAUAUCCCACAGGAUACCCUACAAAAGCGAUAUACUUCUGGGUCUUCCAGCGGUGAGGAUAGAUCAUUCUCCUGAAGUUCACGGCCAUCAUAUCGUAACUAGAGGGUUGAAAGGUCCUCAUCAUUUAUACGAAUGUAGGAGAACUAACAUCAUUGGAUCCUUAGUUCAAGAUGCGUCCCCGUUUUUGUUCCCUUGCACUAUAGAAUACAGUUUGAUAUGUGCUGCCAUUUUGUACGUGAUGUGGAGGAAUAUUUCGAAGCUUCCCGUUCUUGGAUCGGCAGCUAAAGCAAAAGAAGAAGCGCUGACCUCGUACAAGAAGAGUCCGCAUCAUUACUCUGUGGACUGCGCGAGAGCCCACAAGGGUCUGUUCGUGGGUAUACUGUUGUUAGUCUUAACCAUUAUAUCUCUCAUAUUGUUUUUCGUUUUGAUAUCACGGCCUGAGUUUGUUGGUUUGGCUGUGGUCGAAGUUAACAUCUGUGAAUUGACAAUAUACGGUUUGACAACUUUUGCGUCACUUAUAGGCAUGUGGCAGGUGCGCCAACUGAAAUAUGAUGGAAGCAAAAAUUUGCACUUGGAUAAUAUACUACUGGUCGGUGCUCAAACUGGUAUGUUUAUAUACAGUACGUUCACGAUAAUUGGCGGACAGUUCACGAUACAGCGGAAUACGGUGUUGGUUCUAGUGACCGCACUAACAUCACUGUUGCAAACCACAUGUCAAACGAUAUUCAUCCUGGACGCAUCCAGAAGAACGUGCGCGACCUCCGAACAGAUAAAGAAGAAGCCUGGAAGACAGAUUGUUACUUUUCUUUUAGUGACGAAUUUGGCGAUGUGGGCUAUAAAUACUCUGGAGAAAUCUAGGGCUGAGUCUCAUCCUAUUCAGUUGCAUUUUUACGGACUCUGGGCUUGGACCAUAAUAACUCAUGCGGCAAUGCCUCUAGCUAUUUUUUACAGGUUCCAUUCGACUGUGUGCUUAUGCGAAAUUUGGAAGAGAGCGUACAAAAUGAAACCCACAUAUAUGUGAGAUAAAUGUGAUUGUUUGAUAAGUGAUUAUUUUGACGAAAAAUAAUAAUUUUCACUUGAAGUUUCCGGACAAAUUUCUUGUUUCCAUAUGCCGACAUCCCAUUACUUCAGUGAGGCAAGGCAAGUUUGAAAAAGAAGAAAAGUAAAGAUUGCACAAAAAUUAGGAAACAUUAAAUUCUCUAUUUUUGACAAAAUCUCUCGUGAGCCAUUGGUUAUGUUCAGUUUUUAUGGAUUAUAUUACAUAUUAUAACUGUGCAAAAUUUAUUUAUAAUCUCGCCAUUAUGAUGUUAUAUUUCAAACACUUAUGAGAAGGAUUGAACUCUUGAAGUCAGAAGUAGCUAUUAACUUCCUGGAGAAGAAGUUUCAUAUUUUAUGUAAGCAAUCACCAUCUCAGACCUGUGAAACCAGAAGACUGAAAAUAUUUUUUACUGUAAAAAAUGUGUUGAAGUUAAAUUUGAUACUUAUUUUAAUUUUUUCUUUAAUAUUUAUUUACGAAAGGAAAACAGAAAAUAUAAAAUAUUAUUGUGAAAAAUAUUUCACACAGAAGAAAUGAAUAGUGUGACCUGGAUAUUUACUUUAAUUUUUGAAAAUCACUUCAGUGAACCUAUUUUACAGAAACAGCGAUUUUUUUUUGAGCUCUCAUCUCAAUAAUUUCAUGGAUAAUUACAUAAACUUUGAAAUUAUUCAAGAAUUUCAUUCAGAAAAAUUUGUGAUUAAUAUUGAUAAUACGAAUUUAAUAGUCUUUUAGAUCUACUAGUUUUUAAUAUGGUCAGAAUCACUCAAGUUGAAUAUUAAUGUUGAUUUCAAUUAAGUAUUUUCCAAUAAUUAAUUAGGGUGCUCCAUGGGCUCCCACAUUUCAAGGGGU